AUGUUUACUUUAAUGGGAGAGCGGGUCUUACAUAAGUGCCUCAAGAUUUUGAGGUUAACUGUGGCCGAUUUCAGCAACUUGCCCGAUAUAAAGAAGUUGAACGCAGUUAGGACCGUGGAAAAGAUAAUAGAUAAUAAUACAAGCAUCUUUAUCGAGAGUCCUAUACAUGUUAAAAUCCAGCCAAUUGAUGUGGACGAUCUAAAAGCUCACAACAAGCUGACCAUGACAUUGUACAGCCAGGGCAAAGAAACAAGCGACUUUCAAGUGAAACAGACAUCCAAGCGAUUGGAGUUAUUCAACAAGAGUACCGCGUCCGAUAGAAACGACGUCUGUGUCAUACAGGUACCAUACCAUCUAAAAGUUCAGGUUACAACAACAGAUUAUGCAUCUGUGCAUCUAGCCAAAUUAGAAGGACAGGAGUUUGUAGUUAAAACACAAAAAGGAACAAUUAAUGUUUCUAAUCUGAAAGCCAAGAAUAUUGUGGUGGAGAGCAUUGAGGGUGAAAUUAAAUCUGAAGGAAGUUUACAAGCUAAUAAUAUAGAAAUAAAAACUGGCCUGAACUCUGGUAUUACAUGUAACAAUAUCAUGGCGUCUGGUUGCAAUGUAACAACUCAUGCCGGACCAAUAGUAGUAAGGUCAUGUUACUGUUGCAAAUCACAUUUCACCACAUUGAUGGGCAACCUGAGGCUUGACAACCUGCACAAAUCAGUGAUGAUUGAUGUCAUACAGCAAGGUAAUCUGCACAUCACAGGCUUCUCAGGCAACUUGCAGGCUUCCUUGAAGAGUGGGGAUGUGUACAUGCAUGCUUCACAGUUCAAAGAUAAGAGCAGUAUUUUCAUACAUGAGAAAGGCAAAGUUGAGCUUCUAAUGCCAGAUAUAUUGAAGAAUUUACCUGCUACCAACUUGAUAGCAGAGAAAAUACUAGUUGAUGAAAAGAUAUUGAAGUUAGGCCGAUUUAUGGAUGACUCAUAUCCAAAGAGGUUCCGUUUUGAGAAAGAACCACACGAUGAGUUGCACGUAGUUUGUAAGAAUGGCUCAAUUGAGUUGAAGGAAACCGACUUACCAUUUUUUCUGUAG